CUUCACUUCAGCCACAGCAGAUGAAAAGAUCAGCCUGAUCCAGCACUGUCUGCAACGCAAGUCCUUUUCAUGAAAUGUCUUCCAAGGGACUUGACUGCGAGAUUUUAUUCUGAAAGAAGACAGAAGCAAAGCAAAAAUUUCUUUCAACAAUAUCUUCAAGUGAACAAAAUGGAAAGACACACUUUUCUGAUGCUGUGUUCUUGAAUGGAGGAAAUUAAUAGACUGCUGGCAGGCAAAGCUUCCGAGCCUCCUCACAGAGCACCGUUUAGACAAUAUCAUCGACGGCACAGCACAUCCUGAUGGGCUGUCUUAACUCCAGCAGUGGAAAUGAGACUCUGCUUGGGAGGCACCCUUAUACUCUGCAGACUUCUGUGCCUCUCACGAUACUGGUGGGUAUCCUCAUCCUCCUCACGGUUUUUGGAAAUGUCAUGGUAGUAAUUGCUGUGACAACAAGCCGAGCCCUGAGAGCACCUCAAAACUUGUUUUUAGUCUCUCUGGCAUGUGCCGACAUCCUGGUUGCCACUUCAGUGAUGCCAUUCUCUUUAGCGAACGAACUGAUGGGUUACUGGUACUUUGGCAAAGUGUGGUGUGAAAUCUACCUGGCUUUGGAUGUGCUCUUCUGCACCUCGUCCAUCGUUCACCUGUGUGCCAUCAGCCUGGACCGCUACUGGUCUGUAACUCAAGCGAUCGAGUACAACCUGAGAAGGACACCACGCAGGAUUAAAUGCACAGUCCUCAUAGUUUGGGUACUGGCAGCCAUCAUUUCAUUCCCUCCACUCAUCACUAUGAAAAAGGAUGAAGGUAAAGAGGAUAGACCUGAAUGUAAAAUCAAUGAGGAGAAAUGGUACAUUAUAUUCUCCAGCACUGCCUCCUUCUUUGCACCCUGCGUCAUCAUGAUCAUGGUGUACGUUAGGAUCUACCAGGUUGCCAAGAAAAGAACAAGAGCCCUGCCAGGUGAAAAGCAAAGAGAGAAUGGAAACGUCGAGGAUGCAAGAUGUGGUCUGGACCCCACUGAGAGAAAAGACAUAGAUGGAAGCGAGGUGGAGGUGGGGGACGACGGAGACGAAGAACCCUCCUCUUCUGAUGGAAACGACACCAUCCUGUGUUCCCUGAAGAAAAAGACGGGUCUCAGGACAACCAAAGGGGCUCAGGUGACGCCUGGAGAACCCCCUCCAAAGCCGGAGCCGCAGCCCAGUGUGAGAGCGAGCAGGUGGAAAGGAAGGCAGUACAGAGAGAGGCGCUUCACGUUUGUUCUGGCUGUGGUCAUGGGAGUGUUUGUCCUCUGCUGGUUCCCCUUUUUCUUCACAUACACACUCACUGCGGUGUGUGACACCUGCUGCGUCCCAGAGACAUUGUUCAAGAUGUUUUUCUGGUUUGGCUAUUGCAAUAGUUCACUUAAUCCUGUUAUAUACACUAUAUUCAAUAUUGACUUUAGAAGGUCUUUUAAAAAGAUUCUUUGCAAAAUGGACAGAAGAGGCUUGUAAAUGACAUUAUUUUUGAAGGCACUUCAAAAACGGCAUUUUUGGCCAUCUACAGUUAUGUUCCCAUCAGAGUAAAUAUUACAUUAAAAAAGAUAUUAGAUGACUUAUAUUGAAUAUUUGAAAAAAUGCUUUAACAUUUUGUGUAAUUACAUGUCCGCAAAUGUUUGUAUUGUAAUAUUAAAUCAUAUGAAAAUAUCUAGUUCUACAUCUAGUAUUCCAAUGUGACAACCUGUGAGUAUAGGCUUUGACGUUGUAUAACUAUGACAACAUGCAAUACACAUUUUUUUUUACACGUCUGUGUGUCUAAAGCUCACAUUACAGCACAUGCAAACUGCAAUCAUUGACUUUUUAAUUUGACAAAAAGUGUGUUGUUCAAGAAAAUGCUUAUUUAAAAAGUCAAAUGUUGUGCAAUUUGUUACAAAUGCUGUUAAUCCACAGAACUGUCCAACCUUUGAAAACAAACAUGGCCAAUAUUUUUUAUGGACGAAAACGAUAUCAUGUCCUCAUUUUCUUG